GGCGCUUUUAUCCAACUGCUUCCACGCACGUCCCUGGCGUUCUUAUCAUUAUCUUAGCAUCCCAGCGCUUACUUAAACACGGCGCUUUUGCGCUCUCCUUGUCCCUGUGGUGAAAAGAACCUGCUCCAAGCAGCCUCCUCACUAUGGCUCCGAAGGACACCUUCUUCCGCUCGUCUGAUAUGAGCUUGACCCAGCUCUAUAUCGCCAAUGAAAUCGGACGAGAAGUUGUCAGUGCUCUGGGGGAACUUGGUCAGGUCCAGUUCAGAGAUCUGAACCCCGACACCAAUGCUUUUCAACGCACCUUUACGAAAGAGAUCCGUCGCUUGGAUAAUGUGGAACGGCAGCUGCGUUAUUUCCACUCUCAGAUGGACAAGGCAGGCAUCCCGAUGCGAUCUUCGUCCGAAUUCUCCGAUACAUUAGCUGCCCCCUUAGCAUCAGAGAUCGACGAGCUUGCCGAACGCAGCGAGAGCUUGGAGCAGAGGAUUGCUUCACUCAACGAUAGUUACGAGACACUCAAGAAACGUGAGGUGGAGCUCACCGAAUGGCGUUGGGUUUUGAGGGAAGCCGGUGGCUUUUUCGACCGCGCACACACGCAUACGGAAGAAAUACGCCAAUCGUUUGACAACGACGAGGCUCCUCUCCUCCGGGACGUGGAACAGCAGUCCCACCGGGGUCAGAACGGCGCGGCCCAGGGUCAACAAUCCUUCCUGGAGAUGAACAUCGGAUUUGUGGCAGGUGUCAUUCCACGGGACCGUAUUGGGGCCUUCGAGCGUAUUCUUUGGCGAACUCUGCGUGGUAACUUGUACAUGAACCAGUCCGAGAUCCCUGAGGCCAUCAUUGAUCCGACAACCAACGAGGAGUCUCACAAGAAUGUGUUUGUUAUUUUCGCCCACGGAAAGAAUAUCAUCGCGAAGAUCAGGAAGAUUUCCGAAUCUCUCGGUGCCUCACUGUACGGUGUUGAUGAAAACAGUGAGCUGAGACGCGAUCAGAUCCACGAGGUGAACACACGAUUGAGUGACGUUGGUAACGUUUUGCGUAACACUAAGAAUACCCUCGAUGCGGAACUCACUCAGAUUGCCCGCUCACUUGCGGCAUGGAUGAUCAUUGUCCGGAAGGAGAAGGCCGUUUACGAUACACUCAACAAAUUCUCUUACGAUCAAGCGAGAAAAACACUCAUUGCGGAGGCUUGGUGUCCAACAAACUCGCUGCCAUUGAUCAAGUCGACAUUACAGGAUGUAAACGACCGUGCCGGCCUAAGUGUGCCAACCAUUGUUAAUCAGAUCCGAACAAACAAAACGCCCCCUACCUAUGUACGAACAAACAAAUUCACUGAGGCCUUCCAGACUAUCGUCAAUGCAUAUGGUAUCCCCAAGUAUUCGGAGGUCAACCCUGGAUUGUAUACGAUUGUUACUUUUCCUUUCCUGUUUGCCGUCAUGUUUGGUGAUUUCGGCCAUGGUGCUCUCAUGUUUCUGUGUGCUUGUGCCAUGAUUUUCUGGGAGAGAAAGUUGCUGAAGACCAAGUUGGACGAACUUACCUAUAUGGCUUUCUAUGGCCGUUAUAUCAUGCUGAUGAUGGGUCUUUUCUCGAUGUAUACUGGUCUCAUUUAUAAUGAUAUCUUCUCCAAGUCCUUCACGAUCUUCUCGAGUCAAUGGAAGUGGCCUGAGGUCAUCCAUCCAGGACAGGCAGUCGAGGCUUCGCUAAAGGACAAUUAUCGCUUCCCCUUUGGACUUGACUGGAACUGGCAUGAGGCUGAAAACUCCUUGCUAUUCACGAACAGUUUGAAGAUGAAAAUGAGUAUCUUGCUGGGCUGGUCUCACAUGACUUAUGCUCUUUGCUUGCAGUAUGUCAACGCUCGCCAUUUCAAGUCCAAGGUCGAUGUCAUUGGCAACUUCAUCCCAGGAAUGAUUUUCUUCCAAUCUAUUUUUGGCUAUCUUGUCCUUACUGUCGUCUACAAGUGGUCGGUAGACUGGGCAGCCAGAGGCCAGUCACCUCCAGGUCUGCUUAACAUGCUCAUUUUCAUGUUCCUUUCUCCUGGCACUCUCGAAGAGCAACUCUAUCCAGGCCAAGCCACUGUCCAGAUUAUUCUAUUGCUUCUUGCCGUCGUACAAGUACCUAUUAUGCUCCUCUUCAAGCCGCUCUAUCUCCGAUGGGAGCAUAACCGUGCUCGUGCUCAUGGAUACAGAGGUCUUGGAGAGCAAUCAAGGGUUAGCGCGCUCGAGGAUGAUGGGGAUCUGAAUGGCGGACUUAAUGGUGGCCGUGACAGCAUGGCCAGCGAGGGUGAAGGUGUUGCCAUGAUUGCCGAGGAUCUUGGAGAGGAGCACGAAGAAUUUGACUUCGCUGAGAUCAUGAUCCAUCAGGUUAUUCACACCAUUGAAUUCUGCCUGAAUUGUAUCUCUCACACCGCUUCUUACCUGCGUCUGUGGGCUCUUUCCCUGGCCCAUCAGCAGCUUUCUAUCGUUUUGUGGACUAUGACUCUUGGCGGUGCCUUCGAGCAGGAGUCUCCUACCCUUCGUGUCAUUAUGAUUGUCAUCACUUUCUACUUGUGGUUCACUCUGACAGUCGUUAUUCUCUGCGUCAUGGAGGGAACUAGUGCUAUGCUCCAUUCGCUUCGUCUACACUGGGUCGAGGCUAUGAGCAAGCAUUUCAUGGGCGAGGGUAUACCAUUCGCUCCCUUUAGCUUCAAGACGCUCCUUGAAGAGGAUCCCGUUGAUUGAGUUUUAAAUUAGCGAGUUUCUAUUUUUCCUUCCCUUCUUUCUGGAUUAUAUGUACUGUAGUUUCCUGUGGGAAUCCAUUAGAUAUCUAGAUAUCAUGGUAUUGGCUUGUCUAUAUCUGAUGCAGUCUUCAUUUCUGUGCUAUUUGUACAUCUCAGGGCAACUCUAUCGCCUUUUCCAUUUAGAAGUAUAUUCUAUGUAUGAAGCGUUGUCCUACGUACUAUCUGCAGCUUAAGUCUCCAGGAGUUUAAGUCCCU